UGAGGGUGUAGGAGCCUGUGUGUGUGAAGCGGGGGGGGGGGGUAGAAGAUGGCGGAGAUGCAUAACCUCAGGGAUUUACCUCACCAAGAGCUUUUCGGGGCCAAAGAAUCGUCUGAGAAAGAAGCUUCUCUGCUUCGGAACCUGCGGAGGUGCCCAGGCUGUCUGUCCCGGGCUGCUCUGACUCAGCUGCUCCCUCUGUUCAUGUUUUUGGGUCUCUUCUUGUUCCUGGCCACCAUCCUGGUACAAGUCUCCCGCCUCCACCAGCCCCCGAGAGGCAGCACCGAGGACCAGCAGUGGAAUCACAGCCUGGAGGUGGUCUCUCAGCAGUUACAGUCAAAUCUUGAGUUUUUUCACCAGAAGUUGGCCCAGAUGAAUGUCUCCCUGGCCUUCCACCUCCACCAGCAGAGAGACAGCACCAGGGACCAGCAGUGGAGCCACAGCCUGGAGGUGGUCUCUCAGCAGUUACAGUCAAAUCUUGAGUUUUUUCACCAGAAGUUGGCCCAGAUGAAUGUCUCCCUGGUGGUUUUGUCCCAGCAGGUACAGAAAGAUAUGGACAUUUUCCACCAGCAGUUGGCCCAGAUGAAUGUCUCCCUGGCCUCCCACCUCCACCAGCAGAGAGACAGCACCAGGGACCAGCAGUGGAGCCGCAGUCUGGAAAUUGUCUCCCAGCAGAUAAUGUUGGGUUUGGAAGGAAUACACCAGCAGCUGGCCCAGAUAAAUGCCUCCCUGGCUGGACCGUGCCACUCCUGCCCCUUGAACUGGGAACCCUUCCAGGGGAGCUGCUAUUUCUUCUUGGAUACCAAGAAAAAUUGGAAAAUGUCUCAAUCUACCUGCCAGGAUUGGAAGGCCCAUCUGGUGAUCAUCCACAGUGAGGCAGAGGAAAAAUUUCUCCAGUCUUGGAGGGUCAGGAAUAAGAAGAAGGCAUGGAUUGGCCUCACCGACCAGCACAAUGAGGGGUCCUGGCACUGGGUGGAUGGGUCGCCCCUCCAGCUCAGUUUCUGGAGUAGAGGCGAGCCCAAUAACGCUGGUGACGAGGACUGCGUGGAGCUGCAAGACGACGGCUGGAACGACGGACUCUGUAACCUGGAACAUGCCAGCAUCUGUGAGAAGCAGGCAUUUCCUUGCCCUAAGCCCUGAGGCCCCGCCUACCAUCAGAAGCCACUCCCACAACCCAGAGACCACGCCCAACGUCAGAGGCCACGCCCACACACCAAGACCAUGACUACUCGAAUCCCUACCCACUCACCAGCCUGAGGCUGCACCCACUAUCCUGAGGCCACGCCCAGAAACCUGAGCCACGCCCAUCAACACGAGACCACGCCCACAGCUUCGAGACGAUGACUACCGCUGGAACCCCACCCACCCAACAGUCUGAGGCCACACCCACUACCUUGAGGCUCCCACCCUGAACCCCAAGUUACGUCCACCAACAUGAGGCCACGCCCACACAAGAGACCACGCCCUCAGUCUGAGCCACGCCCCCAAAUCUCAAAGGCCACGCCCACACCAGAGACCAGGACCACAACUGAGCCCUGCCCACCAGACUGAGGACACGCCCACACCAGAGACCACGCCCUCAAUCUGAGCCACGCCCCAAACCUCAAGGCCACGCCCACGCCUAGAGACCCUGACCACCACCCGAGCCCCAUCCACCCACCCUCCUGAGGCCCCACCCAAGCUACCCCCACCAACAUGAGCCUGCAAGCACAUCCAGAGACCAGGACCACAAACCGAGCCCCGCCCACCCACACCCAGAGAUCAUAAAGCCCACCCACC